AUGACUGUAUUGUCGUGGCUGGUUUUGGUCGGGGCCUUGGGGCCAUUACAUGCCGACGACCCCGUACCGUUGCAUAUCGGCGGCACAUUUCCCAUGGAAGCCGGUUCAGGGGGAUGGGCCGGUGGUCAGGCAUGUUUACCUGCUGUACAAAUGGCUCUGGAGGAUGUCAACAACAGAAAAGAUGUGCUACCCGGUUACGUCCUUCAUAUGAAUACUAGCAAUUCGAAGUGCCAAGCCGGAUUAGCCACUCAGCAACUUUUUGACUUACUCUAUACACCUCCGACUAAACUGAUGUUACUAGCCGGAUGUUCUCCAGUUACAACUGUGAUAGCCGAGUCGGCACCUGUAUGGAAGCUUGUC